AUGUUUUCAUUAUCGACAUCGUUUCAGCCUCAGCAGAUGGUGUUGCCACUCAUCAAUGCACUUCAUUCGUUGAAAAAUUCUGCUACUGCCUCAGUUCAGAGCCUCCACAAAGACUUCACACCUGAAAAUCAAUUUUAUACCAAAGAGCCAAAUAUCAACCUGAGAGACCUGGGACUUACGGAUAUAAAUGUGAGUCAGCUAGAUGAGCUCGUCAGCAGAUUAUUGCCUGCAUCACCAGAGCCUCCCGCUGCUGCUUCAACAUGGAGGACCAGCCACAUUUCAUCUCACAGCUUCUUCCACAACAAGCAUGGGUUUGCACAUCAGAAAGUGGGACUAUUUGGGCAGCCAUUACUGCACAGACAGUAUCAUAGUCCUAUAAGAGAUUUUUGUUCAGAGCUUCACUUUCUGCCUGUGUGGAUUCAGAGUCGAGGCUUUAAGACUUUCCGGACCAAGGCCAGACGACUUCAGGCUGGUUACGAAGGCCCAGCAGAACCAGAGACGUACACACCAGCCUUUAUGAAGGGCUUUCUUCAGAGAGAAAAGGCCCCAGAUGCACAGUCGAUUGAUGAGCUCGUGAAACACAAAGUCUUUCCAGACAACCAGCAAGAUGCAUUCAAGAAUGGCUUUGCUGAAGGAUUUAUGAGAUCUCAGUCCUUUACACAAAGAACACAAGACUCGCUGAGGAGAACCCGGCUGGUCCUGUUUGUUCUCCUGCUCAUUGGCCUCUAUGGGCUGUCUAAAACCCCAUUUCUCUCGGGUAAAGGCUCGUUUUCCGACGCUGUGAGGUUCCGCACCACCUCUGGUCUGGACUCUGCACUUGAUCCUGUGGAGCUGAAGAAUGUGACUUUUGAGCACGUCAAAGGAGUGGAGGAGGCAAAGAACGAACUGCAAGAAGUCGUUGAGUUUCUGAAAAACCCACAGAAAUUCACUGUUCUGGGCGGAAAACUCCCCAAAGGCAUCCUCCUGGUGGGCCCCCCUGGUACUGGAAAGACCCUUUUAGCCCGAGCCGUGGCUGGAGAGGCCGAUGUCCCCUUCUACUACGCCUCAGGCUCAGAGUUUGAUGAGAUGUUUGUGGGAGUGGGAGCAAGUCGGAUCAGGAAUCUCUUCAAGGAGGCGAAAGCAAAUGCGCCCUGUGUGAUCUUCAUCGAUGAGUUGGACAGCGUUGGAGGGAAGAGAAUUGAGUCACCUAUGCAUCCUUACUCCAGGCAAACUAUCAACCAACUGCUGGCAGAAAUGGAUGGGUUUAAACCCAAUGAGGGCGUCAUCGUUAUCGGCGCUACUAAUUUUGCAGAAGCAUUGGAUAAUGCUUUAGUGAGACCAGGAAGAUUUGACAUGCAGGUCACUGUCCCAAUCCCAGAUGUGAAAGGACGGACCGAGAUUCUUAACUGGUACCUCUCCAAGAUCAAAGUGGACAGUGCAGCGGAAGCAGAAAUCAUCGCCCGUGGCACCGUGGGGUUCUCGGGGGCGGAUCUGGAGAACCUGGUGAACCAAGCUGCCCUGAAGGCGGCUGUGGACGGGAAAGAGAUGGUGACGAUGAAGGACCUGGAGUUCGCGAAAGACAAGAUACUCAUGGGGCCUGAGAGGAGAAGUGUGGAAAUCGACAAAAAGAAUAAGACCAUUACAGCUUACCAUGAGUCUGGUCACGCCAUAGUGGCCUACUACACCAAGGAUGCAAUGCCGAUCAACAAAGCCACCAUCAUGCCCCGGGGCCCCACUCUUGGACAUGUGUCGCUGCUCCCCGAGAACGACCGCUGGAGCGAGACCCGAGCUCAGCUUCUGGCUCAGAUGGACGUCAGUAUGGGAGGACGAGUGGCCGAGGAGCUCAUAUUUGGAAAUGAGUACAUCACAACAGGAGCCUCCAGUGACUUUGAUGGAGCAACUAAAAUAGCGAAAAUGAUGGUUACAAGAUUUGGGAUGAGUGACAAGCUUGGAGUCAUGACCUACAAAGAGGUUUCCAAGCAGAGCCCUGAGACUCAAGCCGCCAUCGAGCAGGAAGUCCGAGUUUUGUUAAAGGAUUCGUACGAGAGAGCGAAACACAUCCUGAAGACCUACAAGAAGGAGCACCAAACUCUGGCCGACGCUCUGCUCCAAUACGAAACGCUGGAUGCUAAAGAGAUCCAGAAGGUGUUGGAGGGAGGAUUUAAUGAGUUUGACCACAAGUUUUUCGGCAUCUCUGAGGCCGAAGCAAACGUCAUGGACCCUCAGCAAAAGCUUCUUCUCCACUGCACCUACAGAGCCCUAGAGGAUGCUGGGAUGUCCAUGGAGCGGUUAAGUGGAAGCCGAACUGCUGUUAUCAUAGGUCUUAUGAACAGAGACUAUGAAACUCUUAAAAGUGACAUCUCUUCGACAAUAAACCACUACAAUGCCACGGGAACCGCAAUGAGCAUCACUGCCAACCGGAUUUCAUUCAUCUUCAACCUCACCGGACCCUCUUUUGCUAUUGAUAGUGCAUGUUCUUCAUCUUUGGUGGCUUUGCACUUGGCCUGCCAGUCUUUGAAACAAGGGGACUGUGAGAUGGCGGUCUGUGGAGGAGUUAGUUGUAUCGUCGAGCCCAGAGUGUUCGUCGCUCUGAGUAAAGCGAAAAUGAUCUCUCCAGAAGGAAUCAGCCAACCCUUUUCCACCAAAGCGGAUGGAUAUGGCAGAGGAGAAGGCUGUGGGGUUGUGCUACUCAAGCCUCUGAAAAAUGCUAUUCGUGAUUGCAACAAAAUAUGGGGAGUCAUAAGCAAGACGGCGGUGAACCAAGAUGGCCGCCACGUUAGCCCCAUCACCAAGCCUUCAUUGCUGCAACAAGAGGAGCUACUUCGUCGAAUCUACUCACACAAAGACAUGGUGAAGGUGCAGUACAUUGAAACACAUGGGACUGGAACAGCGAUAGGAGACACCACCGAGGCUGCUAGCAUCUCAAAUGUUAUCGCUAAAGCUAAACCGGCUACGAAGGUGCUAAGGCUAGGCUCGGUAAAGGGCAACAUCGGACACACUGAAUCUGCCGCAGGAGUCGCCGCACUCAUCAAGGCGAAGAAACUGCCAUAG